CUUUUUAUAAAGGACCGAGCGAGUCCAACCGUCAAAUCUUAUCCCUUUUCCAUUUGCUUUAAAAGUUCGCAUCGAGGGUCGGGAUAUUGUAACCCGCAUCAGAGAGUUUUCCGUUCCAGCAGGAAGAAGAUGAUGCUCCGAACGUUUGCAAGCAUGGCCACACCAGGAGUUUUUCCUGGUCUUCCAGUGAAAGAAAUCCCGGGGUCCCAUGGCCUGCCCUUAGUCGGCUCUCUCGUCGACCGCUUCGACUACUUCGUCACGGAAGGCGCCGAGAACUUCUUCAAGACCCGCAUACAGAAAUACAAGAGCACCGUAUUAAGAGUAAACAUGCCGCCUGGUCCGCCCAUCGUGUCGGACCCUAGGGUGAUCAUGCUCCUCGACGCCAAGACCUUCCCUACCCUCUUCGACCUCACCAAAGUCGACAAGAGAGACGUGCUCACCGGAGCCUACAUGCCCAGCACCGAUUUCACCGGCGGCUACAGGACAGCUGUCUACCAAGACCCCUCUGAAAAAUCUCACGGCAAGCUCAAGGCCUUCUGCUUCGAGGUACUCAAGAUGUCCCACCCAAGGAUCCUGCCCGAAUUUGCCAGGGCAUUCGAAGAGCUGUGCGUUGAAGUCGAAAAGGAAUUCGAGAAAGAAGGCAAGGCGGCUUUCAGCGGGCAGGUCGACGAUCUGAUAUUCAAUUUUCUCUGCCGGGCUCUCGUCGGAGCAGAUCCAGUGGCUCCUGCCCCGGGCAGUCUGGGGACCGAAGGAUCCAUCUAUGUGACCACCUGGCUCGCGCCUCAAGUUGCCCCAAUUGCUAGCUCCGGCAUUUUGCCCAAGGUUCUCGACGAGCUCACAAUACACUCAAUUCCACUUCCCUUCGCUCUCGUCUCCGGAAACUAUCAGAAGCUUUAUGAUUUCAUCGACAAGCGCGGAUCGCCAGUUCUCGAUAUGGCAGUUAAAGACAUGGGUAUUCCAAGAGACGAGGCCUGUCACGACCUCCUCUUCAACCUCGGCUUCAACGCCUUCGGUGGAAUGCUCAUCUUUUUCCCCAGUAUUGUCAAGUGUAUUGCCAAGGCGGGCGGAGAUUUCCAGAGAGAGAUCGCCAAAGAAGUGCGCGGGGCAAUGGAGGCAAACGGAGGGCUGAAUAUGAAGGCGUUGGAGUGCAUGCCGCUUGUGCGCUCUGUGGUGUACGAAGUGCUGAGGAUGGAGCCACCAGUGCCGUUGCAGUACGCUCGGGCAAAGAGGGAUUUCAUGGUGGAGUCGUACGAGGCGCAGUAUGAGAUAAAGAAAGGAGAGCUGCUUGGUGCGUAUCAGCCUCUGGCUACAAAGGAUCCUCGUGUUUUUGCCAAUGCCGAGGAGUUUGUCCCAGGGAGGUUUCUUGGAGAGGAAGGGGAGAACCUUUUGGAGUAUGUGCUGUGGUCUAACGGGCGGGAGACGGAGGAGGCGACAGCUGAUAAUAAGCAGUGUGCUGGGAAGGAUAUUGUUAUUAUGGUCGCCAGGCUUCUUGUGGCGCAUCUUUUUCUUCGCUAUGAUUCUUUCGCUGUUGAUGAAUCCUCGUCCUCCGCCAUUUUUACACAGCUCACCAAGGCUUCUUAGAAAUAUCAUCUUGAAUGGUAGUGUUGAUCGCUUCUGUAUUUGAAGCAUUCAGCAGGUAUCUGGAACAAUCCUAAAGGACGACUGUAGUUCUUUUGCUUCUUAGGCUUUUUCGAAAAUGUAAAUCUGGGCACAGGGCAACUUGCCUGACCAAAUAAUGAAUAGACAGAUCUUUUAUAAAAUCUUUUACUGUUAUGGUUUUAAAUUAUUUGUAUUUAAAAAUAAAUAACUGUUGUCUUUU